AAAUGGAAAAAAAUUUUUUUUUCUGUAAAGUCGUAAAGAUAUUUUUCUAAAAGAUGUGAAUUAAUAUCGGUCCAUUCAGUCAUUGUGCAAUCAAUUAUUGCAAUAUAAUUAAGCAUACACAGUUUUCAAGUGUUAAAAAGUGAUGCUGAUAAAAUAAAACAAGUGAAAUUCACAAAAACAUCUACAGAAAUCCUUGUUUUGCAUGUGUGUCUAUGUGUGUGUUGAAUAUAAUUCCAUAAUAACAAGUGCUCUAUGUUUUAUGUUUGAUGAUAAAAGAGAAACGACAAGACAGUGCACAGUACACAUAAAAUAAUAAUAAGAAAGACAAACAGCAGAGAAAGACGAUUUUGGAGCAUUAAAAAUUAAAAGAAGAACCAGAAAAGGUUUCAAGUGUGUCGAGUCGACUUAUUUUUUGUUUCUAAUCUAAUGACAUGCUCAUCAAAAAGUGUUAAUUCCAUCCUUUUAUUGUGAUUUGAAGGAACCCGAAUUGUCAAUAAACAUAAUAAAUAAACAGACAUAAAAGAACUACUCGACGAAAAAAAAAUGGAUAAUGACAUUUCAUCAGAAGGUCUCUUACAGUCGUCAGACGACGACAGUGAUGCUGAUCUGGUAACCGACUAUUUAGAUGCACCAACACUAAAUAAUAAUAAUAUAAGUAAUAAUAAUACAACAACAGCAAAAGCUGCAUCAAAACUUUAUACACCUACGCAUACACCAACAAAUAUAAAAAACUAUUUUGUAUCAACAAUUGACAUCAAAGAUAAAGGAAGCUUAAUGUCGAGCAGCGAUUUAGGGUACACGAAUGGAAGUAGUUCCAAUAAUUUCAAUAUUGCUGGAAAUAAUACAAUCACCAUAACUACGCCAUCUGCUCAGACAAAUAAUUACAAUAAUAAUAAUAAUAAUAUCAUCAUAAAUAAUCAUCAUAACUGCAAUAUGGUUCCAAUAAUAUCCGUGACACCCCACAGUCCGGGAACGAAAUAUAACAGCAUUUUAGAGGACUCACUAAAUCAUCUCCAGAGCAUACGCGAGAGCGUUGUUCAGAUGAAAAAUUCAUCAGCUCAAAACACCAAUUUCGGAAAUAUUGGAAUUAUUAAUCCAACGCUCGCAUCAUCAAAAGUUUUCUAUUCAUGUCCGUCAUUACCAAAUCUCAGUGCGACAAAUGCAACAUAUAAUGCAAUAUGGUUGGCAGCGCAAAACGCCUUGACAUAUACGUUAAAUGACAAUCGCCGAAAAUCGUGGACUGCAAUUGAAGAUUUAACUGACUGCACGAAGAACUCUCACAAGAGUAGUGUCAGUUUGACAAGCUUAGAUAGCGAAGAGCAGGAAUCAUUGCGUACCAAUGAGCGAUUACAUAAUCGAACGAAUCGUAAUAGCACUGGUGGCAUAUCCACACAUUCUCUAAAUGAAGCAGAACUGGCGAGAGAUUUCGAGAAGUUGAAUGCCAAAAGAAAUUUGGCACCAGCCGUGUGUCGAAUACCGCUUCAAAAGUCUGUCUCUACACCAUCAAUAGCACCCGUUCAAAAUGUUAAAGAGGAGAAUGCCGUACCAUCACGACAUCUAUUAUCAGAUAGUGAGGAUGAAAAUCAAGAUGAUAGAUCCUUAUUAUGUGUUAGAGACAGAGACAAAAUCGAAGUGUUUGUUGGACCCGAGAAGCGACGCAAGAGAGGUUCACUAUUCUCACGGAAGAAAAAGGAUAAAAUGAAAACAAAAGGACAAUCGACAAACUGUGAUGCUUGUGGAGCAGCGAUAAGUCUCGCUUUGUAUAAAGAACAUGCAGUAGAGUGUAAAGUGAAAUUAGCUAAGUCGCAGAAUUUAAAAUCAUCAAGUGGAAAGAAGAACUCAACAAGCAGCCACAAUUCACAUCAUGAUAGUCGAGAUUAUUACGAUGGACAUUCCAAUGAUCAUGCCAACUAUUCGGACGACACACCACUGAUACGCGAUGAAUUUCUAAACGAGGCUCAAAUUGGACCUCACGAUUUAGGAGCAGAGUCAAUUUUGGGAGUUGCGAUUGACGAGCCUGACUCAUGGUCGCCAAGUGUACCAAAAGAAGUUGUCAAGUCAUUAAAAGAUAAGCAAGUGAAGCGACAAGAGCAUAUUUAUGAAUUUAUAAUGACAGAGAAACAUCACUGCCAGACGCUUUUAGUGAUGCAGAAAGUAUUUGUAGACAGUUUACAGCGUCAUUUCAGUCAUCUUAAUUUAGAGAGAAUGUUCCCACGCAUUCAAGAUUUAACUGAACUUCACAUAUUGUUUCUUAAAAAAUUACGUUUAAAACAACGUGAACAUUACAUUGUUGACAGUAUCGCUGAUAUUCUGCUCGACUUCUUUUCUGCCUUAUCAGCGCAAAAAUUGAAAAGUGCUUACGGUGAAUUUUGUUCGAAUCAUCGCUCAGCACUCGAUACAUUUAAGUAUUACAUGACUGAAGAUCAGACAUUCGCUGAAUGGUACAAGCACUGUCUACACAACCCAUUGCUAAAGAAGAAAGGAAUUCCCGAGUGCAUUUUAUUUGUUACUCAACGCCUAACGAAAUAUCCUCUCUUAAUUCAGCCCUUACUAAAGAGUUCUGGUGAAGAUAAAAUCGAACAAGAGAAGCUCAUGAAGGCAAUGAGAUUAGUGAGGGAGAUUUUGAUUGAUGUCGAUUCACGUGUUGCUGAUAAGGAUAAGGAAGAUCGGCAGUUGGAAAUUUUUAAAAGAAUUGAUGCCAAGUCGCAUGCAAUUCUAAAAUUGAUUGACGAAAGAUCUGAUUACAAAGAAAUAAAAAUCAAAGAAAUGAAAUUUAAGAAGUCAGACAUCAUGUCGUCAAGUCGUAAAUUGAAAUUUGAAGGCUUAGCAACUUUAAUGCAGGGUCGCUCAAAAAUGCUCACAGUAUUAGUUGUCGUUCUAUCCGACUGCCUGUUCUUUUUGCAAGAGAAUUCUCACAAAUACACUUUCUUUAAUCCAGAAAAUAAGGCUGGUGUUGUAACCCUACAAAAGCUCUUGAUAAGAGAAAAAGCAUCAGAUUCACGUGGCAUUUACAUAAUAUCAUCAAACCCCGCAAAUCCCGAAAUGUAUGAGUUGAAAGUACAAAAUCCUAAAGAUAAGAAUGUAUGGAUUCAAUCAAUACGUGCUGCUGUACUCGAUUGUCCGGCUGACGAUACAAGAAAUGAGGAUACAUUGACAGCUGAUCAAAAGCAGCGACAUAUUGAUGAGAAGCAAGCUUAUAUCCGAGAACUCAUAUUGGGAAGUGGGCUUGAAGGUAAAAUGCGUCAGAAGGACUUUGAGCAGGCAAUGGCUUUAGAAGAAAAAAUUGCAUUACAUUUAGAGCUAUUGUUGAAUCGUCAAGGAACGUUUGCAGCAAAUGCAGCAGAACAAUUAAGUCCAGGUGUCAAUACAUUCAUUUCAAGCUUUGGAAGCUAUCGUGAUUUAGUUGUUGAUGAUUGUGAUCCAAUUGAAAUAUGGAAACGUACUUUAAUUGCUGUUCAGGAUAUUAGUCAAUUAGCAUCGUCACUCUAUACAGCAGCUACGGGUUUGCCUUUAUCUCGAUCAUUUAGUUCAGUCGGUGAACGACAAAGUGAUGUUUACAUUUCCCCAACACUACCAAAGCGUGCAGAAACAUUUGGAGGCUUUGAUGAGCGUAGAAGUAAUAAGCAGUCAUACAUACAAAUAGCAAGAGAUGCUGUCCUCCCAACAUUAUCUCCUGGCUAUUUCUCAAAUCGUGAUCAUGAGAAACGCGAAUCAACAACAUCUGAUUUAGAUUCAAUGUCCAAUAUGACAGAUAAUGAGCAUGUGACAACAGAAAUGUUGAAGGAUAAUAACUAUGCAGCACUCCAAGUUUCCCAUAAUUUACAUACACUAUUGUGUAUCAUAUCCCAACAAAUGACAACAAUUCAGAGCUUGCAAAGUCAACUUAAUAAUUAUCGUGAGAACCCCAAGACGAUGUAUCGUCACAAUGAUCAAUUAGAGGAAUUAAGAAAUCUUCAAGAUCGUCUGCAAGAAGAGAAGACAGCAUGGUCAAAAACAAAGGAACUACAAGAGCGAGAACUUGAUGAAGAAAAGAAGAAACAAAAAGCUCUAAAAGAGCAAAUAAAGAAGGAACAACAAGACAUUCAAGAGCAACGCGAGCAGUUGUAUAGGAAGAUGGAAAUACUUUCGAGUCAGGGACUAUUAAUAUCGCCAAAUGUAGCAAUUCCAGUUAAUCAGCCUGUUAACAUGAAUAAUGAAGAUACUCAAUCAAUUGCUGGAGCAGAUGAGCAUCAUACAGACGGAGGCGGAAUUGUGGCUGCAAUCAAUGCAAGCAUUCGAAAAGACAAUAGAUGGAAUAAGCCAAUGCCAGCAAUUAAACCAUCAACUGCUAAUUUAGCUAGCGCCACAAAUUCACCAAAAGUACCAACAAGUGUCAAGCAACAAUUACCGUUGAAAUUGUCAUCGCUCUCAAACACAAAACCGACAACUAACACUCUCACAUCGCCUGCAAGCGUAACUCAAAUGUUUCCAUUGAAAUUGGCCGAUAAAAAGCCAACAGCAAUAGUACCGAAUCAUUCGAGAACAGGCUCGAGUCCCGCUGUCAUACAGCAACCAAUUACAGCACAGCAGUAUCAGCAAGCACCCCAACAACCCCAGCAAACAGGAAAUCCAGCAACAAGAACUAACACAUAUCCUAAAUCGCAAGCACCAGAACGGUAUCGUUUAAGAAGCUCUGACACAGUUCCAGCAGAGCAAACAGUCGAAACACCACAGAAAAUACGAAGUGUCUCAUUACAUGGCUCAGCCACAGCACCAUUGCUCACCAAGGUUUCACCAAACAAUCAUUUAUCAUCUAAUAAUAGCAAUAGCAAUAUAAAUAAUAACAACAAGACUAAUUCUAAUGGUAAUGAUUUAAAAGAGCAGAAUAAGGAAGAGGAAGUCAUUUAUUUCUGAUAUAAACCCAAAGAGGUUGAAAUUUAAAAUUUUUACUGCUGCUUCUGCUAAAAAAUUCGUCUCUUUCUCAAUUAAUAUGAGAAAUUCGUAUCUUUUUUUGGUCAUUCAUGUGCCGAAAGAAUAAGAUGAAAAACAAAAUAUCGGGUCAAAUUUUACUUCAUUUAAUUAUUUUUUUGAGCUAUGCUAUUUAAUUUUUUAAGAACUUAACAUUGAACUUAAUUUAUUUUUUAAGAAAUCGACACUUAAUUUGUUCUUAAUCUCUUAUAGAAGAAAUGUGAAGUAAAUGUUCUUCAUAUAUGUUAUUUGUGAUUAAUUGUAUUUAAUAAUUAUUAAAAUAACACAAAACAAAUAGUAAGAUGAAUUAAUUGAAAUGUAGCAGAACCUUAUCAUACACAAACACAUGUGUUUCCCUAAGUUAAUAGUUUUAAGCAUGAUAGACUUGCUCAUACUUUUUCCCUCAAUUCUUAUUAAAUUUUUGACAAUACACAAAUAAGAAAAUUAAUAUUUUUCAUGAAUAAUUUUCAUAUCGUGAUUUAUUAUACAUAUAUUGAAGAUGUUGUAUUAAGCAAAUGGCUUUUUUUAAAUGAUUAGGAAGGUUUUGAGGUGAUUAAUGGAUUUGAAGUUUUAUUUGGUUUUUAUUAAGUUUUAUUUUGGGAAUCUGAAAGUUCCAAAAUUACUAUUGAAAUUGUUUUCUGGUUGG